GCUUCGCUUACUUUCGCGUGUCUGUGAGUUUCACUUUACUGCCAAAAAUAGAAAAACUGCAUUUGUCAUUCGUGAUAAUGUCAAGCCAAUUGCCAUCAGCUGCAGAGACAACAAAUCUCGACAUAAAAGGCUCGUGAAUAAGAAGAAGAGAAUGAGUAGAGCAAAAGCAAAACAUACUGGAGAUAAGUGAAGGAGAAGUUGUGAUAGAUUUGUAGUUCUUUCAAGAGAUAGGAAUUAAUAUAGAGCAGUGACUUCUUUCUAGUGAACUGAGGCCGCCGGCGCCGGAGAAUGAAAUAGCAUGGAGGCCUCCGAUUCUCAUCGUGCUUGAUACGACCGAAAUCACAGAGAUUGGAGGUCAAAAUCUUCAGUCUAUUAUUUACCAAAACACCCCUUAACGCACUUCCUAAUUCCUAUUUUAAUUUUUUUUUCUUUAAUUAAAUAAAUGGACAUAAAACGGGAAACCACUGCCGUUCAAGUUCAAGAAAAUGUCGUUCAGGAAGAAACUUCCAUUGCCCAUCCUCAAGAAACUUGACCGCCACCCUUCGCCACCACCGCCACCACCGCUGCCUCCACUCCCUGACCCACCACCUACCCCUCUUACACCUCUCCCUACUGUUACUCUCAGACCUACAUCUCAUCACUCCCAUCUCCUCCACUUCCUCCAAACCCACCUGGCCACCAAUCCACUAACCCCUUUCCACCUCCUUCACUUCCUCAAAUCGAAGCUCCGCCAUCACCCUCUGUUCUCCCACUAUGAUUUUCUCAUCUUCAAUUGGGCCUCCACCAUUGACUCUUUUCGCCAUGAUCACUCCACUUUUGAAUGGAUGGCAAGGACUCUUGCUAUCACCAACCGUCUCUCGGAACUCUCCUCGCUUCUCUCUUUCAUGGCAUCCAAUCCCUGCCCUUGUUCUGAAGGUAUAUUUUCUUGUCCAAGAAUUGAACCCAUUUUUCAGUUUGCUAUUAAUGGUUAUUGUAAGGCAGGGAAAUUGGAUGAUGCCUCGCUUGCUUUUGAGACCAUGAGGAAAUUGAUUGAUGGGAGGCCCAUUGUAGCUGUUUAUAAUGUUUUGAUUCAUGGGUAUGUUAAAUGUGGGCAGCAUGAUAAGGUUACGGAGAUAUAUAAUAGGAUGUUGAAGGAUAGAGUUAAGCCUGAUGUGUUUACUUUUAAUAUCUUGAUUAGUAGCUAUUGUAGGAAUAAGAAGUUCGAGAUGGCUUUAGAGUUGUUUAGGGAGAUGAGAGAGAAGGGGUGUAGUCCUAAUGUGGUUAGUUUUAAUACAUUGAUUAUGGGGUUCUUUAGGGAGAGGAAGUUUGAUGAAGGGGUUAAGAUGGCAUAUGAGAUGAUUGAUUUGAGGUGUGGGUUUUCAAGUGUGACUUGUGAGAUUUUGGUCGAUGGUCUCUGUAGGGAAGAGAGAAGCUUGGAGGCUUGUGAAUUGUUGAUUGAUUUUUCAAGAAAAGGAGCUUUGCCAAGUAAUUUUGAUUUCUAUAUACUUGUGGACAAGCUAUGUGGCAAAAGAAACAUAGGAGCAGCUUUGGAGUUGUUGAAUGAGUUGUGGAGGAAUGGAAAUGUUCCAAGCGUAAUUUCUUGUAUCACAUUAAUAGAAGGUUUGAGGAAGUUGAGGAAAAUAGAAGAAGCAUUCAGAUUGAUGGAAAGAAUGUUGAAGGAGAGUAUUAUUUCAGAUAUUGUGACCUUUAAUUAUCUCCUUCAAGAUCUUUGCAAUGUAGGAAGAACAGUUGAUGCUGACAAAUUGAGAUUAUUGGCUUCUAGCAAGGGUUUGGAACUAGAUGAUAUGACAUAUUACACUUUGGUAUAUGGGUAUACAAGAGAGGGAAAAAGGAAGGAAGGAGAAGUUUUGGUGGAUGAGAUGCUGGAUAGAGAAUUUAUACCUGAUCUUGCUACAUAUAAUAGGUUAAUGGAUGGCCUUUCUAAAUCUAGAAGCCCUCCUAAACACCAUUUUUGACUGAGUUGAAAAGGUGAAUGCAUAGACAUCUUCAAUUUUUACAUUUUGGUUUUGGCACCAACAGUUUAGUGGAAUUAGCUGGGAUUUCUCAAUUAUGGUGGAAUUCCUCUUCCAUGAAGUAAGUAAGAACUUUGACGAAACAGACAAAUGCAUAUAGGCUGUUGUAAAUCAAGGAGGAAAGGAAGAAGUUAAAAGUGGAAGCAGCAGGUAUAAAUAUAUUCAUACAAACUGCAUUUGUCAUCCAUGGUAAUGCCAAGGUAAUUGUCAUCAGCUGCAGAUGAAUAAGGAUGAGGAGCUGCUUAAAUAAAUGAAUGAUGCUGAAAAUGAGCUUGCUGUUGUUUCACUUAAAGCUUUGAUUGAUAGGUGCAUACAGUUUGAUGAGUACUGUUUGUUCUUUCCUAUAAGGAGAGGCAAGCUAUAGCAUAAGUUAUGAAACCAUGAGAGGCACUUCUAGUUUUGAAAGAAGUUAACUAAAGAGGGAUGUAUGGUGAAAAGUCAGGAAAGCAAUUUAUAUCUCCAUGUUAAUUACCUUCUUCCCUUCCAUUGAGACUCGGUGAAGGCUUUUUGCAUACUCUGGCUGAUGUUUGUUUGUGGGAGGGGCUUUUGUUCCAAAGGCUUUAGGAAUUUUGGCUUGCGUGGAAGGAAAUGAGAUGCUUCCAAAUAAGACGAAGAUUUUAUGUAGAGAAGGACUGCAGGAUGUCCAUGCAAGAAAGGAGAACUGAGAGGAAGAGAACAGCUGAGCUCACUUCUCAUGGGUAUAAUUUGGCCUGCGCAUCGGUUCAUGGUGCCAGCAACUCCAUCGACCUUGGUCUCUUCUUGCUUGGCAUUUUAAUGGUCAAGCAGAUUCUCUGCAGUUGUUUCCCUGGCAUCGAGAAAAUGGUCACCAACACAGCCCCAUUCUAUAAUGCUUGGAACCAUCAUCAUAGCCUUUGUGGUAAUGGGUUUUGCAUCGGUUGCCCACAAGGGGAAAGAUAGAGAGAUUGCAGGGUUAUCCUACACAAAGCCUGCCUUCAAGACACUACAAGUGGCUGCAGAGAUUCAUGAUGAGCAAAACUAGCUGGAAUGACAUUGUAGGUGGCUUGGAACACCUCAAUUUUGUUCCAACUUACUCAGGACUUAAAAUCAUCUUAAUGUUUCUGUAGAUUAAUUUGACUCCAAUAUAGGUAGUCCUUUAAUGCCUUUUUUUUUUUUUAAUUUUGCCCCUUUAACUCUUUCUAUGCAACUUAUUCAAGUUACUGAAGCUAAUAUUCAAUAUUUUUGUGAACGGAUGAAUGAUAA